AUUGCACUAAUAGGAAGCCGGCAAUUACUGCCGUGCCCACAGUCGUGCCAGCAGACACAUUCACCAGGCGCCGCAAGGUCGCGAGCUCUGCACCUUUAGCCUAGGAAGCCACCAACAUGCAGGUUGCUCGUGCUUUCACCGCGGUGCGCCCGGCCCGCUCGGUCGCGGCCCCCGCGCAGCAGCGUGUCUCUGUGGUGGCCAUGGCCAAGCCUACCAAGCUGGCUGACUUCACCGGCCUUUCCAACGAGGAGCUGGUGAACAAGUCUAACCUGCUGAAGCGUGAGCUGGCCCAGACCAAGUGGCUCCAGCGCACUCGUGGCGUCGGCGAGCUGAAGCCCGGCGAGAACCAGCCUCAGCCUGACCCCGAGAAGGUGCCCAAGGGCCACCUGAACAAGCACAUCCGCCGCCAGAUUGCGCAGUGCCUGACCCUGCUGCGCCAGCGGCAAGCGGCUGAGGGUGUCGACCGCAAGGAGGCUCGUCGCAUUGAGAAGCGCGCUGCCCUGGCCAACGGCACUAUGUAGAUUAGUUCCUAGGUCGAUGAAUUGCUCGUUGAGCAUCUUGGGUCAUGCGGACAGCGGCGAGCAGGGCGCGGAGCUAAUCUGCGUCGGUUGUGGCUGGCAUCGAGUGCCGGCCAGGUUCCCGACACGCCGGCCAAGGGCGGACACGGCAGCAAUUUUGGAUGCUUGAGCUGUCGCUGCUGGAGGCGUUGACGGGGGGAGAGCGGGGGAGCUGGAGCUUAGAUAGACACUCGAGGAAGGUGUGAGCGCUAGGAGCCGGUGGCGUGCCGAUAGGGUGUGUUUCCACGCUGGACGUGGUCAAGGACUGGAUGACUAGAUCUGAUCAUGCACUGCGCAUGGACGUGCGCAAUGUGUAACGAUGGAAAUGG